AUGGUGAAAAUGCCGCUUGGUAAGGAUAAAACGAUGCCGUUGGCUACGUCGUUACCAUCCGGAACCAAGCAAUAUGGACUUGUUCUACCAAAGAAGAGCUCUAUCAAGAAGAAGGAACUUUCGUCUUCUUUCAAUGCAUUUGCUGCUGCAGCUAAGAAAAAUCACAAGCAAAAGGAAGCGGAAGAUGAGACGGAUGUCCGACGUCGUGUUGGGGCUGAAGCGGCUCGUAGUUUGCAGCAGAACCAAGUAGAUCGAGUCCGAGCUCAAGCAUUAGCGGAAGAUGCGGCGGUUUUUGAAUACGAUGCAGUAUACGACGAUAUUAAAAGUGCAAGAGAGAAUGAAGCUAUGAAACAUGCAGCUAAGCGAGAAAUGGAGAAGAAGAAGCCCAAGUACAUUCGUACACUCUUACAACAAGCCAAGAUUCGAGAAGUAGAGAACGAACGUAUUCGUGAACGACGACUGCUUCAUGAGCGACAUGCUGAUGAUGCACAGUAUGGAGAUAAGGAAAAGCUUGUGUCGGCAUCGUAUAAAAGAAAAUUACAAGAGAUGCAGAAAUGGGAUGCCGAGGAUGCACGACUUGCUGCUAUGGAGGAGCACGAAGACGUGACGAAGCAGGGCGAACAUGCAAUGGCUGGAUUUUACGUCAAUCUCAACAAGAAUAUUGCCAUGGGCGGCACGACAGCGAAUGCACGCAGUGCUUACACGCCAAAGGAGACACAAUCUGUGAAAGAUAGAAGUGUAGAACCGGCUAGAGCUGAACGAGGCCACGAAAAUGACGGUGCAAUCGAACUCGAAUCAAAGACUCAUGACGACGGAGCGACCAAGAAGGCGAGAAGCGUUGAGCGAUCAGAUGAACAUCUCUCUUCAUCCGUUCGCGACAUCGUAGAGGAUGUUCACGUCAAGACAAACGCUACAAUGCGUCAAACAGAAGAAGUUAAGGAACCGAAAGCGAGCAAAGAAGACGCGAUUGCUGCCGCCCGAGCGCGCUUUUUGGCUCGCAAGGCCCAGCAAAAGUCUUCUACUACUUAG